CCAUUUGCCAGUUGUGGUUGCGGUAGUCCGUUGCUAAUCAACAUUUUCAAAGAUAACGAAGUCGAGCACUGAACAUGAACUCAACCGUCAAUAUACGUGCCUUGCCGGCAGCUUUGCAACUGGUAGCCGUUGAAGAGCUUAAUGAAGUGCCACAUCGCUUACCGGCAGAUAUUGAGGCCCUUCGGGAAUGGGUCCUUAAGCAGCCGCACCUGUGUUCCUGCACCGAAGAUCAGUUCCUGCUGGGCUUCUUGCGCGGCACAAAGUUCAGCGUAGAGAAGGCGAAGCACAAAAUCGAUCGAUUCUACACAUUGCAAGCGGCCAUACCGGAAGUAUUCAAUGAGCACCGUCUGGCCGAUGAUCCGCAGGUUCUGGAGAUCAUACGCAUGGGGGUGAUAUUGCGUAUUCCCUUGGAAGAAGGCGACACCGGUCCGGCAGUGACCAUCAUUCGGGCUGGAUCUUAUGAUACCAACAAGUAUAAGUUCCAAGAUAUUAUUCGAGUUGGUUCCAUGUUUGGCGAGAUUAUGAUGUUCGAGGACGAUAACGCCACUGUCAGUGGCUAUGUGGAGAUGAUGGAUAUGGCUGGUGUGACCGCGGCCAAUCUUUUUUCCUUGCAGCCCGACCUCCUUCGCAAGUUUUCGGCAUACGCGGAUGAGGCCAUGCCCACUCGGCAAAAGGGUAUACAUUUCAUUAAUGUGCCAACGGCAUUUGAAACCGGAUUCAACACUCUUAAGUCCUUUUUCCCUGGAAAAAUUAAGAGCCGCGUUUCUGUUAGCUCUGAUCCCGACGCAAUUUUUCAACAUGUACGGCCGGAAUACUUACCGAAGGAGUACGGUGGUACCAAGGGCACCAUGCAGGACAUCAUUGCUGCUAUGGAGGCCAAAAUCCUUACAUACCGCGACUACUUUAUUGAGUCGCGCAAUUUUGGCACAAACGAAAAACUAAGGGAUAUUAGUGAGACGACCAUUGACUAUGACAGUCACUUCGGCAUUGAUGGUUCUUUCCGCAAGUUGGAUAUCGACUGA